UGUUUUUCUCCCGAAACCAACGAUGCGCCUUGUGUCACCAAUUUAAAACGAACAAUAGCUUUGCGAAGAUGGCUGGCCUGGAAGUGUUGACCGGUUCAAAUAACUUUGAUUAGAGCAGCGGCCGGCAACGAGAGCUAAAAGAUAGCUGGAAGCUAAUCGAUUUGGACGCGCAACAAUAUGUAAGCCGGAAGCUCAUAGUCUACUCUCCUUCAACUGUGUUGCGUUGAGGACAGGUCGUGCAAUAGGAGGAGCAGUGAAACCAUGUGGAAGUCACAUGAAUGAGAAGGAUGAGGCCCGAUCAACCAGAGCGUAUCUUAAGGAAAGAGCCACUGCACAGAGUGUGUCCCUGGGUGGGGGGUUUCCAUUCGCUGUAAAGCAACCCCCUGUAUCCCCUUGCCCUGAUUAUAUGCAAUGAAUAGUACCACUCCGUCCCCCACCAUUAAUGGAGAUGCGGCGGUGGGCUAUGUCUUGGUGCCAUUCUUCCUCAUCACCAUCAUUGGAAUUGUUGUAGCAGUGGUCUUGUACGUUCGUAAGAAACGAAGACUUGACAGACUUCGUCAUCAGUUGUUACCAAUCUACUCUUAUGACCCCUCAGAAGAGGUGAAUGAAGCUGAACAAGAAAUGCUGUGGCGAGAAGAGGACACCAGAGUUGUUCAAGGUUGGGCAAGAAAUUAUCAACAGCAACGCCCUCUUCUGACCAAAGAUGCCUGAAGAAUCCAAACCUGCUAUAACCACAAAGAUAGUUUUUUGUUUAUUUGCCUACCCCUCCUAUCUUAAAGUACAACAAGCAAAGGCAUUGAAACUAUGUUUCAAAAUGCAUUCAACAUGUAAUGUAUUUAAUGUAAAGUAUUUAUUCUCAAGCAUACACUGAAUUUCAGGGUCUAUUGUUAAAACAGGUGCAUGUCCUCCAGUACACACUUUGUUCACAUCUUUCUGGUGUUGCUGAACAUUCUGGAAUUGAUCAAUACAUUGGAAUUCAUUCCAGACUGCAGAUUUUGCGGCACAUCCGAGAAGCCGCGGCACAUAUAAAAGAAAAGAUUUCAAUUAGCACUCUUUCUGAAUAAGUAAGCUCUGAAUGAAAGUGUAAUUUACAUGUGUUUCACUUUCUAAUUCGCUCAAAUGUUGCUGCUAGCUUUUGUUUACACACCAAAUCAUUAUAUGAUCCCGAUUUGUGAUCUUUGGGUGAGGCAUGUAAGCCACAAUAUGCACAUAAACACGGUCUGGUGGUCUUCUGAAUGACUCCUGCUCCAAAUAUGUCCCAAGCACAUGUCACCAGAAAAAAAUCACCUCCAGCCAUAGUUGAACGCCAUGAUUGUGACUGUACUCAAUGAUAGACCCGCCUACUUUAUUGCCCUCAACUGUUUGAAGCCACUCUAGAUCAUUAUUAGCUUGCAAGUGCGGAUGCAGCUCAUGGAAUUUUAAACCGUUCAAUUCAUUUGAACAAGUUGUGCAUUGUGAUGGAGAGGACGUGUUGUGCGCAAGGCAGGUUAUUUGAAAUGUGAUUUGUUGUUGCUCAGGUUUUCCUCAAAUAUGUUUUAACUGUACCUUUACUGAGCCUCACUUGGACCUGGAUGGGAAAACUACUGAUGCAAAUUAGUCUGCACUGUUAUGAAGCUUCCUUUCUGUCAACGAUAAAAAAAAAAAAAUCCUGAUGAAAUCAGUCAUGAUUAUUAAUUAUACUGGUGUGAUGGCAGAAACUAUACUAUGAACAAUAAUCUUCAAAAGUAGAGCCGCUUAUGACUAAACAAAAGACAGGACAAUGACAGAAAAUUAUCUUUAUUGACCAUUUUAUCUCAUACAAAUUGCAGGGCACCAUAGAAAAUAUAUACAUUGCACAUUUAUAUACGGUGUCCAUUAAAAAGAAUGAUUCCAUCCUCAA